AUUUUAUCGCAAUGAAAGGACCUGUAAUUAUUAUAAAUCUUAUUGUAGUUCCUCUGGGGAUUUGUGUAUAAGUCGUUAUUCAAUUUUAGAAGUAAGAUGGUAAUGUUUCUAUACUAGAGCCUACUUUUAAACUUUUACAAAGUCCAUUUAGUUUAAAUAAGGAUGAUUUAAUUAAAAAGGCUGUCAACAUUCCUGAUCAUAAGUUUGACUUCCAACCCUUUAUCUAACCGGAUGCCACGUUCCUUGUGAAUCAAUAAAAUAUUUAAAACUUGCGUCUCUUGCAAAAGGAAUUUGCUUCUGAUCCUCAAAAUCCUGAGAAGGCAUUCAAGUAUGUUCGAUAAUUGAAUCGCAUGUAAUUAUAUGAUGAAGCACUUCGUAUAUUCAAAUAAACAGGUAGGAUAAAAAUUUUAAUGAGUAGAUGACUUUCGUGAAAAUGCUAGUCCAAAAUAACAUCAAUAAUUAUAAGAAUAAUAUGGGAUUGCAGUAACAAAUUUGAAAUCCAAUCAAUAUGGGGACAAGCGUAGAUCACUAAUACUUCCAGGGAUGAUCUAAUUAUUGAUAACUGCAGCCAUUCUUUAUUAGAUGAUGUAUUUCUUCUAACCAGGUCAAUCUAAGUCAAAAAAUGAGAAAAACUAGAAAGACGUUCCUGAACAAGGAGGUGGUAGAAUUGAUCGCUUUUAUAACAUCCUACGCAACAAUCAAGCAGUUUAAGAAGAAAGAAAUAUUCCUACGCGAUUUAAUGAUGUUUUGGGAAUAGAUGAAUUUAAAGAAGAAUUAGAAGAAAUAGUAGAAUUCUUGAAGCAUCCUAAAAAGUAUACUGAUUCAGGUGCAAAAUUGCCAAAAGGAAUUUUACUUGUUGGCCCUCCAGGAACAGGUAAAACCCUUUUGGCAAGAGCUUUGGCAGGAGAAGCAGGAUGUGCAUUCUUUUAUAAAUCUGGAUCAGAAUUUGAUGAAAUGUUUGUUGGAGUUGGAGCUUCACGUGUUAGGGAAAUUUUUAAGGCUGCAAGACAAAAGGCCCCUUCUAUUAUUUUCAUAGAUGAAAUCGAUAGUAUUGGAGGCAGAAGAAGGGCAUAGGAUCCAGGCUAUUCCAGAGACACCAUCAACCAAAUAUUGACAGAAAUGGAUGGAUUUAAAUAGAGUGAAAGUGUGAUCGUAAUUGGAGCCACCAAUUUUGAAUAGGUAUGAUGAUUAUACUACUAUCAUUAUAGGUUCUUGAUCCAGCUCUCAAAAGACCAGGAAGAUUUGAUAAAAUGAUUCAUGUGCCAUUGCCAGAUGUGAAAGGUAGGGAAUAGAUAUUUUCCUAUUACUUGUAAAAGAUCAAAUACGAUGUUCAAAAAGUAUUGCCAUCCAACUUGGCAAGACAGACCAGUGGAUUCAGUGGAGCUGAUAUUUAAAAUAUGGUCAAUGUUGCAAUUUUAAAUGCCAUUAAAUAUGAUAGAUAAACUGCAACAACUGAGGACUUUGAGUUUGCAAUAGAUAGAAUUGCUAUGGGAGUAGGUAGGAAGAAUAUGCAUGUUAGUGAUAAGGAGAAGUUGAUGACUGCUUAUCAUGAAGGUGGACAUGCUUUAACCAGUUUAUUGACUGAAGGAGCCAUGCCUCUUCAUAAAGUUACAAUUCUACCAAGAGGUGGAGCCUUGGGAUUUGUAUUUAUUAUAAUUUAUUACAUUUAGACAGCUAUGCUCCCAGAGAAGGAUCAACUUAAUUACACAAGAAAGGGAAUCAUUGCAUCAAUUGAUGUGGCUAUGGGUGGUAGAGCUGCUGAAGAUCUAUUUUUGGGAAAAGAUGAUAUCACUAGUGGAUGUAGUAAUGAUUUGGCCAAAGCUACUGACCUUGCUUACAUGUUUGUUAAAUAAUUAGGAAUGGAUGACAAAAUAUCUUUGAUUUCAAUUUAAAGUGAUAGAAUUAAAACUAGUGAUCAGUUUGAUUACAUGGUUGACAUGGAAGUUAAGAAAAUAUUGGAAGUAUCAUAAAUUUAACAAUUACAUAGGAAUCAUAUAAUAGAGUCAAAAAUUUGUUAAAAGUGAAUGAAUCAAAAUUGAAGGACUUGGCUACAGAAUUAGUAAAGAGAGAAACACUUUCAGCAGAAGAGAUCAAAAAGUUAUUAUAAAUUAGUUGA